AUGGAAUCCUCUCCUUCAAUCCACACAGAGUCGACCAGGCCGAAACGAUCGAUAUUCCGCUCUGUACCCUUCCAGAUCGUGGUGGCAUGCGGUGUUUCAUUCACAGCUCCGGGCAUGUGGGACGCUCUGGGUGGGCUUGGUGCAGGAGGUGCCGCUGAACCAUACGCCGUCUCUGCAGCGAACGCUUUGGUCUAUGGGCUCUUCGCUGUUGUCUGUGUUGCUGCAGGCGCUAUCAACAACCGCAUUGGACUGAAAUAUGGACUCGCCCUAGGUGCCAUUGGAUACCCGCUGUACGGAGCUGGACUAUACACCAACAACGUCAAUGCCAACACCUGGUUCAUGCUGUUCGGAAGUGCCCUCUGUGGAAUCUCGGCGGGUUUCUUCUGGGCGGCCGAAGCUGCUAUCAUUAUCGGUUAUCCCUCGCCAGGCGAUCGAGCGUUUUAUCUUGCCAUCUGGCAAACGGCGAAAGCAGCUGGACCUAUCGUCGGUGGAGCCAUCAAUCUGGGCUUGAAUGCCAACAGAGAGACCGCAGGCUCCGUCUCGUCGACGACGUACAUCGUCUUCAUUGUGAUUAUGUGCUUAGGCUUACCCAUCGCCCUAUGCCUCUCACCAGCCGACAAAGUCUGGCGCCGAGACGGCACAAAAAUCAUCACCCGCCUAGCCCCCAGCUGGGCCGCCGAAUUCCAAGCCGUCGGCCGACUCUUCCUCAGUCGCAGAAUCCUCCUCCUCCUCCCGGCCUUCUUCAUCAGCUACUUCUACAACGGCUUCAACAGCACCUGGCUCACCACCUACUUCACCGUGCGCGCCCGCGCCUUCUCCAGCUUCUUCACCAACUUCGCCGGCAUCUUCAGCAGCUUCCUCAUCGCCUUCCUCCUCGACAAGCAACGCAUCCCCAUGAACCUCCGCGCCAAAACCGCCUUCAUCGCCAUCGUCACCCUCCUUACCGGCACUUGGAUCUGGGCCACGAUCCUGCAGAAACAAUUCUACGACGCCCCCGAAUCCCCCGUCUUCGACUGGUUCCAAGGCGGUUUCGGCAAGAGCUACGCCCUGGUUUUCUUCUGGCAAUUCGGCGGGCAAGCCUUCCAACAAUUCCUGUACUGGCUCGUAGGGCAGUACGCCACGGAUCUCAGCGAUCUCAGCCAGCACACGGGGAUUUUGAGGGGUACGGAGGCGCUGGGACAGACGGUGGCGUGGGCGAUGCAGUCGGAGGGAAAUGCGAAUCAUUUUGUGAGUAUUGGGCUUAAUUUCGGGAUUACGAUCCUCUGCAUCGUGCCUACGUGGAUUGUGUUGUCAGAGUUGAAGGGGAGUCAUGAGGUGGAGGUGACGGAGCUGGAGCAGGAACAAGACGGUUAUGGGAAUGAGGAUGUGGAUGUUGUUAAAGCUGUUAGGAAGUGA